AUGUUUACCAUUAUCGCCGUAAUCGUAGUCAGCACGCUAGUCGCACUACUCACCUACGUCUAUGCCAAUUAUGGACGUCGAUACUCAUUAGGCCGCCGAUUUCGCGGACCACCAGCGCUGCCCAUCAUUGGCAAUGCGCUACUCUUCCUAGACAUUCAGCCAGACGAAUUUAUCAGCCGCCUCCUGGCGAUGAUCAAAGAAUAUGGAAAAACAUUCCGCCUUUGGUUGGGCCUCGAUCUCAAUAUUAUGAUGCACGAUUUCCGCGAUAUUGAAAUUUUGCUCAGCUCCCCAAAGUUUACAACAAAAUCAGAUCAAUAUCGCUUCUUGAAAGACUGGCUGCGUGAUGGUCUGCUACUGUCGAAUGGACGCAAAUACCAACAACGACGAAAGCUGGUAACACCUGCAUUCCACUUCAAGAUGAUGGAAGGUUUUUUAAACUGCUUUCACGAGCAUUCCGGGGUGUUGGUGGAGCAAAUGAGAAAGAUAUGUGCUGAAAGGCGGUCGUUUGAGCUGCUGCAUACGGUGGGUCUCUGCAUGUUGGAUACAAUUUGUGACACAGCAAUGGGUGUGCAUACGCAAGCGCAACGCAAUGGAGACUCGGAAUAUGUAAGAGCACUGAGAAGCUUGACGACAAUUCUUCACCUUCGCAUGUUCAAUAUCAAAUAUUACUUCGAUUUCAUUUUUCGUUUCACACCGGAGGGGAGAGAAGCGAAACGCGCCCUCGCCAUCUUAGACGACUUCGCAGAGCAGGUGAUUCUUGAACGACGCACAGAAUUGAUGCAGGUACCGGAAGAGCAAGGCAGAGGCAACGAAGUGGAACUUUCUAUUGGCAUAAAGCGCAAAGAGGUCUUAUUGGAUAUUUUGCUGCGUUCGUCAGACGACGGCAAACCGCUAUCGAACACGGAUAUCCGCGAGGAGGUGCUCACAUUUAUAUUUGCCGGACACGACACGACUUCAUCGGCGUUAAUGUUCUUCUUCUACUGUAUCAUCACGAAUCCGGAGUGCGAGCGAAGGUGCUAUGAGGAGGUUUGUAGUAUUUUCGGCACAGAUCCGACAGUCAUCGAAAUAACGCGUGAGAAUUUAAGCCAGCUGCAUUACGUGGAGAUGUGUAUUAAGGAAGCGCUGCGUAUGUACCCGCCAAUAGCGCUGAUCGGUCGCAAAGUGCUGGAGGAAUGCACAAUGAAUGACCACAUUCUACCCGCCGGCGCCAAUAUUGGCUUCUCUCCAUAUCUGUUCGGUCGUCAAAGUGAGCUAUAUCCAGAGCCGAACAAAUUCAAGCCGGAACGCUUUGAUCUGACGGCACGCGAAGAUGACACAAAACCGAAUCCAUAUAUGUUUACGGCCUUCUCGGGAGGUCCACGCAGCUGCUUGGGUUCAAAAUAUGCUGUGCUACAGAUGAAAGUGGUAAUUGUGAAUGUAUUACUCAAUUUUCAAAUGGAAUUUGUUGGGGAUACGCCGGAGGAGCCGACACCUUUUUCUGAAAUAACGCUGCGUACGAAAGAUCCGCUAAUGUUCACGUUGCGGGAACGUAGAGAAAUUAGUGGAAUGUAAGCAGUAGCAUUUUGAGGAACUCUUUUUUUAAUAUUUUAAAAAGCUCGAUCGUUUUUAAAAUAGAUUAGAAAUUAUAAAAAAAAGAUUA